CACUCUUCACUUUAAUUUUUUUUGGGUCAACCGUCGUAAUUUGUUGAAUUCUGUUACGUGGUGUUCUUUGAAUUCGCGGAGAAGAAAAAUGCUUAUAUUCUUCUAUCUAGAUAAGAAAUUUUUGGGUUCUCACGAGAGAUUAUGAGACAUGAAGCACAUUUUAAUUAAGUUUUAUCCUCUUCUUUAGGAAAUUUAAAUGGUUUAUAUAUGAAUUAAGAAAUUUUCAUAGUUGCCCAUCAGGAUGUUUUUACAUUUUAUCUUUAAUGGAUUUGAUAUGCUGGGGUUUGAUUGUUCUAUGAAUUUUCAUUUUUUUUUUUAAUAUAUAUUCAUGUUUGUCUUUGCAUGGAUUUGGUAUUUUUAUUGUAGGUGUUUGAUGCUGUGUUUGGUACUUUUAAUUGAGCUUGAGGGGAAGGGUUUGAUGAGUUAGUGUAAAUUUAAAGGUUUAUUGAGAAGGGUUGUGGGAUUAUGUUCACUAUUCAGAAAUGGAAGUGCUCAUGGUCUCUGGUGGCAGCCAUUGCUUCAAUUGUGGCAUUGGUUUCAGUGGUUCAUCUAUUUUUGUUUCCUCUGGUGCCUUCUUUCAAUUACUUUAAUGCGCUGCAAGUUCAAAAUUCUUGUCUCCCAAUUAAUGGAUCAAUUAUUGGCGGCAAGGACAAUAUGUCGGUGCUUGAUUUAGAUGUUCGUUUUCCGUCUGACUUACACAAGGCAGUGGUUUACCGUAGUGCUCCAUGGAAGGCUGAGAUCGGCCGUUGGUUAUCUGGUUGUGAUUCAAUUACUACGGCAGUCAAAGUUGUGGAGAAAAUUGGUGGCAAGAGCUGCAAAAAUGACUGUAAUGGUCAAGGCAUUUGUAAUCGUGAAUUGGGUCAAUGUCGCUGCUUUCAUGGAUUUAGUGGGGAAGGAUGCUCCGAUAGACUGCAGAUGAACUGCAGUUUCCCAGGAUCAAAGGACCAACCAUAUGGUCGAUGGGUAGUCUCAAUAUGCUCUGCUUAUUGUGACACAACGAGAGCAAUGUGCUUCUGUGGAGAAGGCACAAAAUACCCAAACCGUCCUGUUGCUGAGGCAUGUGGGUUUGAAAUGAAGCUACCUUCUGAACCUGGCGGUCCAAUAUUGACUGAUUGGACAAAAGCUGAUUUGGACAAUGUUUUCACAACAAAUGGGAGCAAACCAGGGUGGUGUAAUGUGGACCCAGUAGAAGCAUAUGCCUUCAAGGUGAAAUUCAAAAAAGAAUGUGAUUGCAAAUAUGAUGGUCUGUGGGGUAGAUUCUGUGAAGUGCCUGUGCAAUGCACUUGUAUAAAUCAAUGCUCUGGCCGUGGGCAUUGCCGUGGUGGAUUUUGUCAGUGUGACAAUGGAUGGUAUGGAACAGAUUGCAGUAUUCCAUCUGUUUUAUCGUCCAUAAGAGAGUGGCCUGGAUGGCUUCGACCAGCUCAGAUUAAUGUUCCUGAUAAUGCACAACUCACUGGGAACCUUUUCAAUCUCAAUGCUGUGGUGGAAAAGAAAAGGCCCCUUAUAUAUGUUUAUGAUUUGCCCCCCGAGUACAACAGUCUUCUUCUUGAGGGACGACAUUUCAAGUUGGAGUGUGUAAACAGAAUCUAUGAUGAUAAGAAUGCUACAUUGUGGACAGAUCAGCUGUAUGGUUCACAGAUGGCACUCUACGAAAGUCUCCUAGCUAGCCCUUAUCGAACAUUAGAUGGUCAGGAAGCAGACUUUUUCUUCGUUCCAGUUCUUGAUGCCUGCAUUAUAACUCGAGCGGAUGAUGCACCCCACUUGAGCAUGGCGAAACACAGGGGCUUAAGGAGUUCUCUUACCCUGGAAUUCUAUAAGAUGGCAUAUGAUCACAUUGUUGAGCAAUAUAUGUACUGGAACCGCUCAUCAGGAAGAGACCAUAUUUGGUCCUUUUCAUGGGAUGAAGGUGCUUGCUAUGCCCCCAAGGAGAUAUGGAACAGCAUGAUGUUGGUUCACUGGGGUAAUACAAAUUCAAAGCAUAACCACUCAACAACAGCAUAUUGGGCUGACAACUGGGAUAGGAUUCCUUCUGACAGAAGAGGGAAUCAUCCAUGCUUUGACCCAGAUAAAGAUCUUGUGCUUCCAGCAUGGAAAGUUCCUGAUGUAGAUGCCUUAAGCUUAAAACUUUGGGCUACGCCUCGUGAGAAGCGGAAGAUACUAUUUUACUUCAAUGGAAAUCUAGGCCCAGCUUUUGAAAAUGGAAGACCAGAAGCCACGUAUAGUAUGGGUAUCAGGCAGAAAGUGGCAGACGAGUUUGCAUCUAGUCCAAACAAGGAAGGGAAGCUUGGGAAACAGCAUGCAGAAGAUGUGAUUGUGACUCCUCUACGUUCUGAUAAUUAUCACCAGGAUUUGGCCACUUCUAUCUUCUGUGGAGUUAUGCCCGGAGAUGGGUGGAGUGGUCGAAUGGAAGAUAGUAUUUUGCAAGGCUGCAUUCCUGUGGUUAUUCAGGAUGGGAUCUUUCUGCCAUAUGAGAAUGUGCUCAACUAUGAAAGCUUUGCUGUUCGUAUACGUGAAGAUGAAAUUUCGAACAUGAUAAGAAUUCUGAGGGGAUUCAAUGAGACGGAAAUUGAAUUAAGGUUGGCAAAUGUACACAAGAUCUGGCAGCGGUUUUUAUAUCGCGAUUCUAUAUUACUUGAGGCUGAGAGGCAAAAAAGUGCAUUUGGCCGGGUAGAGGAUUGGGCUGUAAAGUUCUUGCAAUUAAGUGAUGAUGAUGUCUUUGCCACAUUUAUACAGGUGUUACACUACAAGUUACAUAAUGACCCUUGGAGGAGGCAACUUGCUCAUCUGAAAAAGGAGUUUGGGUUACCGCGAGGAUGCUUGAUAAGAACCGACUGAGACUGAAGCAUGGAAUAUAAUAGGGAACAAGUUCCCUGAGAUUGUAAUAAUUUGGAGGUUCUUGAGGUAGAAAGAAGCAUACACCUUGAAGCUUGAGCACGAGCUGCGUUUGUCAUUUGCAGGAGACCUAGAUUGAAACACUUGUUGCACAGUUGGACUGAGUGCAUCAUCAGCAACCAGCCACACUGAAAGUCACAGUUCCUAUUGAUAUAUAAUUCCGUUGCCAAUUUUCCUGCAGAGGCCAAAAAAAGAUGCGAGCAUGUAUUUUUUUCUUUUAGAAAAUUAGUACAAAUGUAAGAUCAAAUUUGUUGCUCUUAGUAGAUUGUGUAUUCUUGGAAAGAACUUAUCCGGGAAAAAAAAAAAACCGAGACAGCAAUUUUUUCAUUAA